GCCAUGAUGGGAGCCUGAGAGUUCAGCUGGAGCGAAAGGAGCAAGAAAAAGAAGAUGAUUCCCCGGGACGGAGCUGUCAAACCAAUCCGUGCAGACUUCUGAUCGUUGUAUAGCCCAUAUACAUGUAAGGUGGAGCCUGUCACUUUUUUUUUUCAGAUGUGUUCUCGGCAAUCAGUCGAUGACGAUGUUGAAUCGUUAGGAGGCUUCUGGACGGAGACAGGAGCUAGCUGUAGCUAUUGUUGCUAGCUGGCUAGCUCGUUAGCUUAAGCGAGCUAGCUGCGGACUGGAUACAGAGGUGUGUGUGUGUGUGGGUUUUUUUUUUUUUUUGUUUUGUUUUGUUUUGUUGGGGGGGUUGUUUUCGGGGAGUGCUCUGAGUGAACCGUGGGCUCGGGUCGUUUGACGGACAGCUGCAUGUGUUGGCCUCGGGAGUGGUUGCUUAGACGAGUUGCGGGAUCGGGCAGAGUCGCGGCCUGCACGGAGGAGCGGAGCGAGGCCCGUCUUUAUGGUCCGGAGGAAGCCUUUCUAAUCCCACACAACGCCACUGCGGGCUCGCGCGCCUCUGAGAGAACCUGCGGAUUCCAGAGGGGAGCACGAGACCCCCACCACCACCAACACCACCCCCAACACCACCUCCACCACCAAGAAAACCCUGUUUCCAUCAUUCACCCCCAAUAGACUCCUGUCACCUGCUGCAAUGGCUGCGAUUAUCAAAGAAAUGGUCAGCCGGAACAAAAGGAGGUAUCAAGAGGACGGCUUCGACCUGGACUUGACAUAUAUCUACCCAAACAUCAUUGCUAUGGGCUUUCCAGCAGAGAGACUUGAAGGCGUGUACAGAAACAAUAUAGACGACGUAGUACGGUUUUUGGAUUCAAAGCAUAAAAACCAUUACAAAAUCUACAACCUCUGCGCAGAAAGACACUACGAUACUGCCAAAUUUAACUGCAGAGUUGCACAGUACCCCUUCGAAGACCACAACCCUCCUCAGCUGGAGCUCAUUAAGCCGUUUUGCGAAGACCUGGACCAUUGGCUCAGCGAGGACGACAAUCACGUGGCGGCCAUCCACUGUAAGGCCGGGAAGGGCCGCACUGGAGUCAUGAUCUGCGCCUAUCUCCUCCAUCGGGGCAAAUUCCAGAAGGCCCAGGAAGCGCUUGACUUCUACGGAGAAGUCAGGACAAGAGACAAGAAGGGAGUAACGAUCCCGAGCCAGCGCCGCUACGUCUACUACUACAGCCACCUACUGAAGCACCAGCUGGACUACAAGCCAGUGGCGCUCCUCUUCCACAAAAUGGUGUUCGAGACUCUCCCUAUGUUCAGCGGGGGCACCUGCAGGGACAGUACCGUUAAAAACAGGAGCGAGCCGACCCCUCAGGGCUUCAGGAAAGGGAAUUGGCAUUGGGAUCCCCAGUUUGUUGUGUACCAGCUGAAGGUGAAGAUUCACACGUCGAACCCCGCUCACACUCGUCGCGAGGACAAGCACAUGUUUUUCGAAUUCCCCCAACCGCUGCCAGUUUGCGGAGACAUCAAAGUGGAGUUCUUCCAUAAACAGAAUAAGAUGAUGAAGAAGGAUAAAAUGUUUCACUUCUGGGUGAACACCUUCUUCAUCCCUGGACCAGAGGAGAGCGUGGACAAGAUGGAGAACGGGGCGGUGAACAAUGCAGACAUCCAGCAGGGGGGCCCGGUACCGGCAGUGGUCCAGGGCCAGCCGCAGAGCGCCGAGUGCAGGGACAGCAGCAGGGAAAGCGACAGGGACUACCUCAUCCUGACGCUCACCAAGAACGACUUGGACAAGGCCAACAAAGACAAAGCUAACCGCUACUUCUCGCCAAACUUCAAGGUGAAGUUGUAUUUUACGAAAACCGUGGAGGAGCCUUCGAAUUCUGAGGCAAGCACUUCGACAUCCGUCACCCCGGACGUUAGCGACAAUGAGCCAGACCAUUAUCGAUACUCUGACACCACUGACUCUGAUCCGGAAAAUGAACCUUUUGAUGAAGAGCAGCACACGCAAAUCACAAAAGUGUGAACUCUUUUUAAACAGGAAAAGAAGAAAUUAUACACGAGAAAAAAAAGGAGAAAACUUGAAUAUAAACUCAAAAGAAGAACCUUUGUCCCUUCCCUCCCCCAGACGGCAAUAGAAUAUCAUCAUGUCAAAUGCCAAUUUUAGGGAAAAAAAGAUAAAUAUCCUGACCAAUAUAUUGUUUUUUUAUUUUUCUUUUUUUUCUUUGGCACGGCCAUGUACCAUGUGCAAGGUAUUGACACUGUUGCCCCAUGGGAAAAGGUGCUGUAGCUAUAAAAAUGUGUUUCUAUAUAUCUAUAUACAUACGUAUAUGUAUAUACAUAUAUACAUGCAUAUAUAAAACUUUUUUGUGUCAAAGACAAUGGAAACCACAAUCAGGAGACGGGAGUUGAAGUGUGGGAGAAGAAUGAUAUACUAGGACUAUGCUGCUCCUUCUCCUGUCUAAACCAAGGCCAGUGCUGCAGUCACUUUGUUUCACUCCCUCUCUUCUCCUCCCCCCUCCUCCUCCUUCUCCUCCUCCUCCUCCUCUCAUCUUUUACUCUCCCUCCCCUCCAUCUUAUCCUCCUUCCUAUCCUCCUUUACUGUGAAUGCUUCUUGUGCUCUUUGCAGGCUGUCUCACGUGACUUUUGGUCUUUGUGCAGUGCAAACUGCAUGCGGGCAGUGGGUUUGGGGUGGGCGGGGUUAUGAAGAGGCUGUGAUGAUGUCUAAAGCAUUGCCAUUCCUGUCCCCACUGUGUAUACGUUAAAUUAUGCAGAACAAGGCAUCCCAUGUAAUUGUUAAUGUUUUUUUUUAUCCUAAGAUAAUAAAAAUAUAAUACACAAAA